UGAACGAAGUUCGAAUUCCGUCAUUUUGUCAGGUUGAUACGCUCAAACACGUGACAAUUUGAAAAAAAUGCUCAUUGAACUCCUCAUAUCCAUCACCGUGCUUGCGUCGAUUCUCGUCUCGUGCAAGAAAGAGAAGAACGAAGCGGCAAAACUGAAGCCACGUAACCUCGACGGAAAACCCGGUGGGCCAACUCCGGGCGGAGCCAAAUCGGCAAACAAGUCUGGCGGUGCCGGCGGAGGUAGUGGAGGAGCUGGAGAUGCUAAUAGUCUUCUCAAGAAUGAAGUCCAAGAACCACCGAUGAAGGAGCGUCCGGCUGACGACAACGAGACAAUCAACGACGCAAAGUCCAACUGGGGAACUGUUGCCUAACAGCUGUGAACUUUUUUGAAAUUCAUGUUUUUUCUUGUAAAUUGAAUGAAAGAAAUGUUCUAUU